CCCGGGAGAGCUGCGCCCACUUCGCUGCAGCCGGCGCAGUCCAGAUGUGGAGCAGGGUGUGUGACCGAAACGGUGGAAGGCGGCUUAGACAAUGGCUGAUCGAACAAAUUGACAGUGGACUGUAUCCUGGUUUGAUCUGGGAGAACGAGGAGAAAACCAUGUUUCGUAUUCCGUGGAAACAUGCGGGAAAACAGGAUUACAACCAAGAGGUGGAUGCAUCCAUUUUCAAGGCCUGGGCGGUAUUCAAAGGGAAGUACAAAGAAGGAGAGAAGGCAGAACCAGCUACGUGGAAAACCAGACUCCGCUGUGCCUUAAACAAAAGCCCCGACUUUGAAGAGGUGACGGAGAGGUCCCAGCUGGAUAUUUCGGAGCCCUACAAGGUUUACCGCAUUGUUCCAGAGGAAGAACAGAAAUGUAAGUGGGGCCCAGACGCACAGCUUUGCAUCCGCUCACUGCAACGGUGCCUGGUUGCAGCUUUGUCCCUGAUGACUGGGUUUGCUGCAUAUGAGCCUCUUCUAGCCUACUCCCAAAUGCUGAUCAACUUCUACUAUGGAGGGAAGCUGGUGGGGAGCACAACCACCUCUCGGCCCGAAGGCUGCCGGAUCUCCCUGGGAGAGGCGCCCUAUUGCCAGGAUAGCCUGGAACACGUCCAGUUCCCAUCGGCAGAGCUGAUACCCAACGAGCGCCAGAGGCAGAUCACCCGCAAGCUCUUUGGGCACCUGGAACGGGGCGUCCUUCUGCACUGCAACAAACAAGGCAUCUUCAUCAAGCGGCUCAGCCAGGGGAGGGUCUUCUGGAGUGGGAACACCAUGGCCUGCAGGGAGAAACCCAACAAACUGGACCGGGAUGAGGUGGUCAAAAUCUUUGACACCAAUUACUUCCUCAGAGAGCUCCAUCAGUAUUAUAACAACCAAGGACGCCUUCCAAACAGCAAAGUGAUUCUGUGUUUUGGAGAAGAAUUUCCAGAUACUGUCCCCUUACGCUGCAAGCUGAUCUUGGUGGAGAUCGAGCAAUUGAGCAGCCGGCAGCUGAUGGAGGAAGCCCGGAAGAAUGAAACCAGCGCUGUGGGCCACCCAGUCGGAGAGGAGGUGCAUUAUGAUCCGAUGUACAGGAACUUCCAGGAUUCUUGUGGGCCUCACCAAAGGCCCAUUUUCAGAGAAAACCAGCAAAUUACCGUUUGAGACUUCGGAGCAUACGAGUUCAUACAUUUUUCAAGCUUUUUUUUUUUUAUAUACCAUUUUUCCUCCCCAUUCCAUCUUAUUGCUUAGAUCUUCCCCAAUUUCAGUUGAGAUGUGUUUUUUUAAAAAAAAAGUUUUUGUAUGUAAAUAUAUAAAGGGUUUAAAUAAUUCAAUUCAGUCUUUAUUGCGGUCACAGACCAGCGCAAAAAAAUAAAUAAACGUGAAAAUAAAGCAGAACUGAACAGAACAAGGCACAGUAAUGUGUUACAAUUGGUGGUGGAAUUGUCAGUGGGUGACCAAGGCCUGCCUAGGUUUACAGACUCCUCCUCCUCCUCCUCCUCCUCCUCCUCUCUGCAAACCCUACUCAGUUCUAACACUGAUGGCGGUCCCUAGUUGGGUCAUGAAGCAUCUGCAA